AGGAGGAGGAUGGGUUGAGUAGGCGAACGUCAAGCAGAUGAGCGUGGUAGUGCACAGUGUGAGGAGUACUGCCACCAUGGUUCCUCGGUGGGUGUGUGUGGCUCUGCUGUACACUUUUACGGCUGUGCUAGGUAGUGCAGGCGGCCACGACGGUCAAGACAAGAGGAGCAAAGCCGUGUGGUACAGGGCGAGGCUUGAGCAUGAAGGUUCCGGCCUGAGCAAUGAGCAGCUUCGUACAAUUGCAGCGAUGGAGGACAUGAAGCACUUCAGGAAGAUGCUGGCUCCCAUCCUGGUGCCUCGAGUAGUGGGCACAGAAGGCCACACCAGAGUUAGGCAGCACCUCAUGAACACUAUGAACAGCUUGGGAUGGACAGUGGAGGAAGACAGUUUUGACAGCAACACACCUGUGGGUCGCAAGACAUUCACCAACGUGAUAGCCACUCUGAACCCUGAUGCUCCUCGACACCUCAACCUGGCGUGUCACUACGACUCAAAGCUGGACCGUGAAGGGCAAUUCGUUGGUGCCACAGACUCUGCUGUUCCCUGUGCUAUGCUGCUAAACCUUGCCUUCGUCAUGAGGGAAGCUCUCAGUCAGCACUCUAAACUGCAAUCAGACCUGACUAUUCGACUUAUCUUCAUUGAUGGAGAAGAAGCAUUCAGAUUUUGGUCAGACACAGACUCGCUGUAUGGUGCGCGGCACAUGGCUGCAAACCUUGAGGGUCGGGCUUACCCCACCAACAAUGCCGUUGGCACAAACGAGCUUCACCGGAUGGACUUGUUUGUUUUACUUGAUCUUUUGGGAACUGCUGAUGUUAGAUUCUUCAACUAUUUUGAGGAGACCAGUCCGUGGUACAUGCGUCUGGUGUCCUAUGAACGGCGUCUGAGGGAGAUGCAACUCCUUCAUGCCAGGAAGAAUUAUAUCUUCCAAAAUAGAGACUUAUUUAAUGCUGGCAUUCAGGAUGACCACAUUCCAUUCUUAAAACGAGGUGUGCCAGUGCUGCAUUUGAUUCCAGUGCCUUUCCCUAAAGUGUGGCACAAAAACACUGAUCGAGAGGAUGCAUUGCACUACGGAACCAUCGAAAGUCUCAACAAGCUAAUGCGCACUUUUGUUGCCGAUUAUCUCCACUUGGUGCUAUAGGAAUUCACCCGGAACACAGCCUUACAUGAUGACCUGUGACCCUUUACGUUGGAUAUCUUAGUGCUGUAUUUACUACACCUAUUUCUCAUUAUAUGUGGAUUCAUGGUAUGUGGUUCUUGAGUAGGCUAAAGAUUUAUCUCGGCUCACAUAUAGGAUAGAUAAGGAGCCCAGUAUGAGAGGGUAACAUUUCACUCAAGGACCUAAGGAACCUUAUAAGGAAAUCUAGGAGCCCAGUGGGAAAGGGGGUAACAUUUCACUCAAGGACCUUAGGAACUAUAUAAGGAAAUCUAUGUUCAAAAUCAAACUUCCCCCACCAAACAACAGCAACAAAAAUCUUCAAAAUUACUUACUCUACCACCAUCUGAAGGCUCAAAUGACACUUCCUCUUUCUUCCACACCAUGCCUCCACCAUACUUCUCUCAUGUUACUGGUGCAUUGUAGUGUUGUAUUGGUGAACUGUUAGGAAGAAAAGUGUCUGGAUUAACAAGGGGGUUAGGUCAAAAUUGAGUCAUGAAAUAUAAAACUAAUUACAUGUUCACACUACACCAGAGCUUCAUAGAAUCUCCUCCUUUGUUCACCACCCUGGAGUAAAGAGUUGUCACCAUUUAUGUCUCCCAGGUUUUUUUUUCUCUUACAUCUUCCUCUAUGACUCCCAAUUUUUUUUCAAUUCUUCUAUAAUUCCCUCUAUAGUUCUAUGAUCUCCUUUGUUAACUUUCCUGGAGUAAGGAGUUGGUACCAUUUAUGUCUCCCAGGUUUUUUUUUCUCUUACAUCUUCCUCUAUGACUCUCAAUCUUUGCAAUUCUUCUAUAAUUCCAUGCCUCCAUCUCACUCUGUCUUCCUUCUUCUGAUCCUUUCCCCAUAGUUUGUUUACUCUAGACUUUUUAACUGGCUGUUACUCUUUUCUUCUUGCUGUGUAACCAAACUUUACACCUUCCUAUCUUAUCCUUCUCUCUUCUUCACUUUGUAGAUGUUCAAAGUUCCGCAUGUAAUGAGAACUAGGUGUGCAUACUUAAAUUGUUGUGUAAUUAGUACAGUGUGCUUUAUUUUUUCAUAUGGAUGAGUAAUACUAACAAUUUUUUUUUUAAUGAUUUGGGAAAAAAUGUUAGAGUUGGAGAUUAUCAUCUUUCUUUUAUUUUUCUAAAGGGGAUCAUCAAGCUGUGUUCUGGAGAAGUUGAAGUGUGUUUGUCUGAUACUUGGUGCACCUUGAAUAAUUUUGAGGUUUUAAAAGUAUAGCAGAUUCUGAUCAUAAUAUCUAGGCAUAACUGUUAUUAUUGCUUUACGUUGAUUCAUCAUCAUAUUUUGCAGAUAUGUUAUUUUUAGCGUUUUUCUCUAUCAUUCAAAGUAGUAAUUUAUUGAUAAAAGUGACUCCAUUGUUGACUAUCUGUCUGUAUCAGACCCAUAUUCAGAAAUGCUUUGCUCUCUCACCAUGACUAUUUUCCAAGACCACUUCAACUAGAGCUUAUAAAAGUAAUGGAGGUGUGGUGCAGAAGUGCUUCUAAAUAUGUUCUUUAGUGGGAGGAGGGAGAAUAUAAAGGAGCAUGUCUUCAGUUCCUAAAACUCCACCCUGCUAUGCUCACCUGUUAACAAUGUGCAGGGAAUAACAUAUUGACAGUAUUCUUCUGGUGAGAAGAGCAUGUAGCACCUUUUGAGAGAUAACUAUAAUGUUUUUAGAAAUGCUACAUUGAAUUAGAAAGAAAAUUUACAUGAGCUUAGAAUGAAAGCUUUACUUCAUUGUGUGUGUGUGCGUGUGCGUGUGUGUGCAAUUUAGUAUGCCAGAAGAUGUAUGUAAUUUGCUCGUCAAAAAGAGAGGGUUAAAUUGCACUUAAUUAUAGAUAGUGCCCCAGUUUGGUAGUUUGUGUAUUAAAUGGGAUAUGGUAACAGUGUGGACACAGCGUAAGGAAAUAUUCUGAAGUGACAAAUUAGUACUAACCAAGCAUGAUUUCAUAUAUACUGCUCGAGUAGAAUGGUUGUAGCAAUGUGAGGUGUGAUGAAGAAUUGGAAACUUAAUACAAAGUAAAGAGGCAGCAAGAGUUGGGAGGAUAUAGGAGUAAACAUUGAGGGAGUUUGUAUGUCAUGUUUAGGAUCCCAGCUUCACUAAUAGGGGGUGUUACAUUCAUUCUUGUGACCAUAUUUGAUACUUGCUUGUGACUUCAUUAUGGACUCAAAAGCAUCUCAUUUUGUCAGAAUUGAGAUAUUAACUAAGGAGACACAGCAGUAAAGCAGAUGAGGUGUCUUCAGGAGCAAUCGUACUUUAAAAGGACACUACAUUACUAAGGUCAUCAAGAAAGUUAAGGCAACUAUUUAUGAAAAAAGAAAUGACUUGUGCAUAAUAAACAAUGAAUCGUUGUCAUAAGCGCACAAUGGUAGCAGAUUGUUUGUGAUAUAUUUAAAGGAACAGCAUUUGAAGUGUUCCAGUCAUGGCAGAAAUCGAGGGAACUGGCUGUGUUUUGCUGCACAAUGUGGUGGAAGGUCAAUUUUAUUGUUAGUAUCUGCUUUUUGUUGAUGUGUUUUGAUCACACCUUAUAUUGUACUUACUUAAGUGACUAACUUUACCACAGAUAUAGUUCCAUGAUUUUAUAUAUAGUGUAUAUAUCAUAUAUUAUACUAAAUGGCAACUCAGUAGUAAUCAUAGAUAUAAAUUUUAUAUUGGGUUAGGGAUGGAAAUUAUAUACAUAGUUUAACAAAGGCACAUUUUAUUUUGCUACUUUUAGGAUUGCUAAAAUUUAGAACAGUAAAGUAUGCAUGGACUAGAUUCAUAAAAAAGAAUGGCAAAAAGUACAUUAACACAGUUUUACAAUACUCAACCUGGAGGGCAAGUCACUGCCUGAAAGUUUGGCAUCAUUACAAAGAUAUUAAUACAACUUUGCUCAUCUCUACCUAUCUCUCUGGCCUGGCCAGAAUUCUUAAUCAUACUGUUAGAUGUAUACACUCCUUGCACAUUAAUUAUUAGUUAUCCAAUGUACUGACUGUUUUCAUCAUUAUUUGAUACUUGUUCAACUCAAAGAUGGUCAUAGCAACAUUAUUCUAGGGUUGCAUGUAGAAAAAAAAAAUGUAAACAGGUUCCUAACUUUGUUACAGCAGCAAAAAUGAACAUGAAAUGAAAAUGAAAUGAAAAUAAAAUGAUUCUUAAAAACAA